AUGGCUAUCGACUCCCAACUCAGCGCGGGCACGGCGACGCCACCCAAGGCGCAGGUUCCAAAGGGCAAGACUGAGGUCAAGAUCCUGAUGAUCCAUGGUACUUCCGUCCCCAUGCCAGAAAUCAAUACCGCCCGAUACACUCAGUCAGGCGCCCUUUUCCGUGCCAAAACUCGCGCCCUGGAAAAGCUUCUCGCCAAAGUGCUAUCACCCGUCUCUCUCCAUCCCACGCUGAUCUAUCCUACUGGUCCCAACCGUCUCCUACCUCGGGACAUACCCGGUUUUGUCCCCAAGGAAGAUGGUGAUGACGAUGAACAGGGCGACUCAUGGGCGUGGUUUCGCAAAGACGAGGCUAGCGGUCAGUACAGGCUCUUUGAUAAGGGCAUGGACACUAUCGCCACGGCUAUCCGGGAGAGCGGAGGCGUCGAUGGCGUAGUCGGGUUCAGUCAAGGCGGCUUCAUGGCCGGCGCGGUGGCGAGUGCACUGGAAGAGACCAGGGCACCACCCGAGGGACCAGACGGCGACUGGGCGAGGAAACUCAGGGAGGCAAACGGCGGCAAAGGGUUGAAGUUUGCUGUGCCUUAUUCGGGCUUCUUUGCCCCCGUGGAGUCGUUGCAAUGGCUGUACGAACCCAAGAUCAAGACGCCAACCCUACAUUACCUAGGUAGCCUGGACACAGUGGUGGAAGAGAGUAGAAGCAUGGGGCUAGUGGACAGAUGCGAGCAGCCGGUGGUGAUCACACAUCCUGGGGGGCAUCACGUCCCCGUGUCAAAGGAGUGGGUGAUGCCGCUGGCUGGUUUCAUCAAGCAGCAUGCCGAGGUGAAGCCGCAGGCCGGCCUAUAA